AUGGCUUCCGGUGGCACCGGCAGCGAAGAGGCAGUCGCGGCGGCGCUGGAGCUCACAUUCGUCUCCAUCGACGGUGUCAAUAGCGCAGCGGCGGAGGAGAAGCGCUGCUACGCCGUCGCCUGGCUGGAACCCGGCCUGAAACAGAGAGUCCGCGCCGGUCGGAGCCGGAAAGCUACUCCCCGGAGAGUAUACUUCCCUCUCCCCCGGAGAACCAUGGACGACGUCUCCUCCUGCGUCACAAUCGAGAUCAUCUAUUCCUCGCGCAUUCCAUUUCACCGUCCGAGGAUGGUCGGCUCCGCCAUCCUGCCGAUUUCCUCCGUUGCCGUCUCCGCCGCCCCGGCCGGAGAGGCCCUCGUGCUGCCCUUGAGGACGCCGUCCGGCAGGGUCCGCGGGGCUGUCAUGGUUUCUGCUCGGAUUUUGUGGGAUCUAGGCUUCGACGCCGGAGCCGGUGGAUUUCCGGCUACAGAGAGCGAUCUCGCCGAGAUAGAUUUGUCAGGUCCUCCUCCCUUGCAGCCCACGGCACCGCCUCUAGCGGAAGAUAACCAUGUCUCCGACCAAGGCGACCACUCCUGGGCGAAACUCGCGGCUGGAGCUUCAGCGGCAGCGGCCGCCGUGAUCUUGGGAGUCGCAUUCCGCCGUCUCAACGCCUGA